GCUGGAUAUUCUUUUUUUAGUUUGUGCAAAAGUUGAAGUGUAUGACUCUGUAAGUAAGACAUGGAAAGCAGGAAACAACAUGUUGGAAGGAAGAGCUUCGUGUGCUGUUGUGCAUUUUGAUGGAAAAAUAUUUGUUUUUGGUGGAUAUGGUUCAAACAACACUCUAUUAACAAGUGGUGAAUUCAUGAACAUUGCUGAUGGAGUUUGGACGAUGUUAACAAACAACAUUCCUUUUCAACUUGGUGAAGUUUCUGCUUGUUGUGUUGAUGACCACAUUGCAAUGUAUGGAAGUUCCAAACCUGGGCAUAUUGCACUGUACAACACAAACAAUGAUGAAUGGAAAACUUUUGUGGAAGAAAGACAGAAUUUGUUCAAUGGAAGAGGAUGCUUGAUGGCAAAAUAAAAACAGCCCAAUUUAUAAAUUCGUAUCCAAUUAUACCAGCACUAUUUUGGUAUGAUGUUGCAUUUUAAAUUUAAAUCUUCUUUACUUGGGGAUACUAACUUACUAAGUUAAAGGGCGAUACCAAUGAAAAAUUUAAAUUUAUAUGGAUUUUAUACGGAUGCCGCUUGCUAUCCAAAUUUCUGUGACUGAAUUUCAAAAAUAUUUUCCAAACAUUAAAUUGUUAUUAUAUCAGUAAUGUAUGUUUGAAUUGCCCAUAAGGUAUAAACUAUUGAGUUAAAAACAAGCCUUCCAAAGUUUGGCAUUAUAUUCCUACAAAACUAAGUGGGACACAAAGUUGAAAGUUUUUAUAUUAAUAUUAUUCUACCAUGGAAAAAAUGUUGUUGGCCUUUGAGUAAGAUCGAAUUUUACUUCCCGACAACAGUAAUCAUCUUUUCUGCGCACUGUGUUUGACCGUGAGAAUAAUUUUGAACAAUAUUGAAACAUUUUUUUUUCGUCUAUUAUUAAAUGGUUCAGUAGCGUAAAUAAGAUUUAGGAAGAAGUCCCAUCUUACCACAAGUCCUGCCUUACCCCACUCAACUGUACAUAAACUUAUAUUUGGUAUUUUUUAGUUAUAUAUUUUUCUUAGGUAUGUUUUUGUGUACUUAUAUUUACUAAUAAAUUUAACAUGGCUUAAGCAACAUGAUGUAACAUGGAUGAAGAUCUAAUAUGUGUUGUAUACAUUAAGAAAACUUAAAUUGCUCACAUUAUACCGAACAUAUAAACUGUAAACUAUAACAUUUAUAUUCACGUACAUGUAUUGUUUAUGUAGAAGUCGCCGUUUUAUAUCUUUAUGUUGUUUUCUUUACAAACAGAAUUUUUAAACCUAAGUAACUCUGCUUUAAUUAUAUUCCACCAAAGCACAGCAUCCUUCUUCAGUUCAACUGUAAGCUUUGCUCUUUCCACAAGCUUGCUCACUUUUUAAAGCAUGCUAACAAGUGUUAUUAAAUGUGUUCUCAAGUUCACCAUAUGCUAUACAACCCACGCGUAAAUGCUUUCGGCUGUGUAGUUGGUAUGCAUUAUUGGAUGACUCCAUUGAUCAAAACAUCACAGUAUACACUAAGCCGACUAGUGGAUUACUAUUAUUUGUCUGAUUUGUAAUCGAGUAUGACAUUUACAAUAAAGUAAAAGCUUC